AUGUUCUUACUUCGUCUUUCCCUUAAUAAGUCAUCAAAUUUGGUGCUUUUUGAACCCCAGUUGCUAUGGGGAACAAAGGAGGAAAUACAAUCGAUUCCUCUAUUUAAGUGGUUCUCGUUUCUCCUUGUUCCUGUUCCUAACACUUCCCCGGGUAGUUCCCAAUGUUUGGUACCUGUAAUUGUGAUCUAUUUGCCAGAACCAAUGGGUCUUUCUGUGGAAACCUUCACGAACAAUCGUCGUUUUUUGAUGGUUUUUCUGCUUCUCACCGCUGCUCUUUCCACACCUCCGGAUAUCUGGUGCCAAAUCGUCGCCCGUUUCCUUAUUUCUUCGAUAAUUGAGUUGACUAUCUUUGUGGCAUCGAUUGUACAAGUUCGCGAAGAGGCUGGACGAGUGGAAUGA